AUGAACCCCGCCAAAAAGCAUAUCGUCUUCGACGUCGUCGGUACCCUCGUCUCCUACGACUACUUCUUCACCGCCAUCGACGCCCGUCUCGGCCCCGCCCUCUCCACCCACAACCUCCCCGCCAAGCUCCUCGGCUUCGCCUGGCUCGAGUCCGCAGAGCGCGAGUACACCUACCUCUCCCUUUCCGGGAAAUACGUCGCCUUCCGCGACGUCUUCAAAGCGGUUUUCUUCCGCGUUCUGCAUUCUGCGGGCGUGUCGGAACCGCGGCGCGUGGCGACGGAGGGGGAUGUCGCGUUUUUGAUGGGGGAGUAUCGGAGAUGUGAGGCUAGAGAUGGUGCGAAGGAAUGUGUGGAUAGGUUGGUAGGGGAGGGGUGGACGGUGUGGGCGUUUACGAGCGGGGAGCGGGAGAGGGUGAAGGGGUAUUUGAGAAGGGUUGGCGUUGGGAAGCCUGAGCUCAGGGUUUAUGAGGGGCUGAAAGGGAGAAUGGGUGUUGAGGCGGAGGGGGUGGGGAAGCUGUGGUAUGCAGCGGCGCAUGCUUGGGAUGUUAGUGCUGCUGGGAGAGCAGGGUUUAAUACGGCGUAUUGUACGGUGCUGGAGAGGGAAGCUUUGCCUGAGAUCUUCGGCAGGACAGACGUCAUGGCGGAUACGCUGCCGGAGCUUGCGGACAGAGUCGUUGCCAAUACGACCUCGCGCAGCCUUCCCGCUGGGAGAACGGACGGGUGUUAG